CGCCAAAAUUUGUUUGUUUGUAGGUGAGGUGCGGCACGUGGGACUGUGAGUGAUCUUUGGCUGUCAGGUGUUCAGGUACAACUACAUACAUAGAAGUCUCCAUCCUUUCGGAGAUUGUGCCCAACCGAAAGGUCGGUCGCUACUGGUGCCCGUGUGAAGGGCACGUAAACACAAUACUUAGCAGAUUCUACCGAGGUACUGCAAUGGCAGCGAGAAACUCUAAGGACGGCAGUUUCGCAAGUGACAUGUGUGCUCUGCUAACCUCUCGCGAGGGUGCGGACGUGACUCUGGUGGUUGGUGCCUCGCAGCUGCCGGCGCACAGUCUCGUCUUAGCAGCGAGGAGCCCCGUCUUCGCCGCCAUGUUGCGGAACGACACGAAAGAAGCCGGCAGCCGCCAAAUUGAGAUAACCGACGUGCGGGAAGAUGUGUUGUGGCAGUUGCUGUGUUUUGUGUAUACUGACACAGUUCCGAAACUGGGAAGAAUGGCAGCGGAACUGUUAGGUGCUGCCGAUAAGUACGACCUGCCGUUGCUCAAAAAGAGGUGCGAGGAGCAGCUGGCGCAGGGCCUGAGUGUGGACAACGCUGCCGCCACCUCACUCCUCGCCGUGCUGCACUCGUGUCCGGAGCUCAGAAGUGCCACCGUGGACUUCAUAGUGAGGCACCCUGAGGUGAUGACAUCUGACGGCUGGAUAAAAGUGCUGCGGAACAAUGCAGAGGCUGCAGCUCAAAUUUGCAGUCUGGUGGCGGCGGCAACACCGAAAAACAGGACUUCGUCUGUGGAGCAGACAGAGGACUUGAGCGAGUGGCUGGCAGUGGCAGCCAGAACGGGUGACGUGGGUGAAUUGCGGCGGCUGCUGGCCGCAGGAGCACCCGUCGACGCGAGGGACGGCGCUGGGUGCACCGCCCUGCACCUGGCAGCGAUGGACGCGAAUCCGGAGACGGUCAAGUGUCUGCUGAGUGCAGGGGCUGACAUCAAUGCGAAGGACUCGAGUCUGCAGACGCCUCUGCACGCGGCCGCGUACCGGGGUAACUUGAAAGCGAUGUGGGUGCUGCUGACGUCGUCGGCACAAGUAGACGUUCGGGACCGUUGGGGGAAAACGCCGCUGCACUGGGCUGCUGCCACGAAGCGGGUAGAAGCAGUAAGGGCUCUGUUGCUCGCCGGAGCGAGCAAGAAGGUGAAGGACAACGAAGACAUUACACCUGCGGACACUGCUACCUCGUCCACUAGAGAGCUGUUCAGGAUGUACUAAAUCUGACGUAACUAAGCCCUCUACUUCUGUACCUCUUAAAUGUUACAAUAAAUGUGUAAUUUAUUACUGUUUUUUCCUGUUGUAUCACAGGAAUCUUUGUAAUAAAA